GAAAAGUCCAUGAAAGAGUCCUCUGCUCCAGUGACUAGUGCUGUGAGUUCCCAAUGGACAGGCCCCAUAAACAAGAAAACACCACCCCUACCCAACCCUGUCUAUAGUGCAGGUUUCACAGAGUGCAUCUCCCGUCUGUGCAACUACAUCGACAGCGUGGACCUAUCCCAGAGAGAGAGCUUUGUCCAGGGACUUAGGGACCACCUGGAUACCCACAAUGCCUGCCCUCUGGGGAAGGUGCAGAGCCCGACCUUCCCCCUGGACUUCCAGCCCUGGGGCCCUGCAGCAGAAGGACCAUGCUUCCUGGGCAGAGUGAAAAACAGGAAGGAGAGCACAGUGAUGGGGCAUCAACGAGCCAGCAGGGAGGCCACUUUCCCUUAUAUUAACACCUCUCUUCCUAUCUAUCCCAACACCUUUGUGCUCCACCACCCCCACCCUACCCAACACCUCUCACACCCAUACCCAUCUCCCCCUUACUCCCUCUCACCCCCACCCUCCCCCUGUUACUCAAACUCCUCGCCACCUUUCACCACUACCCCUCCAUACCUCUCCAUGCCAUGCCACUUCCCCUUCCCUCCUUCCCCCUCUCGUCGUCCAUCAGAUUCCUUGUCAUCCCCCUCUCACUCUACAUCUCAGCCCGUGGUGCCUCUGAUACCAGCCCACCCUCCCCUGGUGUCCAGUCCCCCCACCCCUCUAAGUCUCUCUGGCCCUGUACCUGUAGGCCCAACAAGAACUCUGAGGCGGUCACUAUUUCAGAUCCAGCCCCAGGUAGUAUGGAGGCCCUGGUCCUGACAUGUGGAGGAGAAGGGUGAUAGAAAUCCACACAGGAAACACACACGUGUCCACAAUCUGUGUUCUGAGAAAAUCUUUACGGAAACCUAGCCACCCAGAUCAUCAUGGGACAUGUUCAGAACAACAUUCAUCUUUCCUAUCAAGCAGCGUGUGGUGAGGGCCAGCUAAGAGAAAAAGAUGUGGAGGUCAAGGACAAUCAAACCUUUUCUGAAAACCUGUCACUGUCAC